AGCCAUUGUAUCCAUUUCUUAUGCAACCAGUCCGCCUCUGAAGCAAUGAAAUAACGGACUGUAGUCUGUGUUACGAUUCAAACAUCUGUGUCAAUCAAUAGAGGUAAUAUCUCGAGCUCUUCGUGAGCAUGGCGUCAUGUUUAUAUCAUGCGAGCCAUCCGUCACGGUAUUUUGCUAGGCGUCAGUCAAUUUCCUUUUAACAUCCAACCUCCACGAUAAUCAGACUUGAUUCUCACAGAAAGUAAUGGGCAACUGUCAAGAAACAAAAGAUAUGGCUAACGACCAACCAGGAAUCUCUCCCUAUUUGACAGAGCUCAUAAGUGUCAACUUUAAGGAGAAGCGAAAUGUCUACCCAGUACCUCGACAAGUCCUCAAACGUUUCGAAGUUUUCUCUGAAUACUUUGAGAUUUACGAAGAUGUCUCGGAUGUCCACAUGGACAUUGCCGAGGAAGACAUCGGCCAUACCAUAAUCCACUGGCUCUACACCGGCCGGUAUCAAACACUCCCCGACCCAUCUCUACCAUCCCAGGGAACUGCAAGACGUGAGUUAGAGUACAAGCGGAGUGUGCAUGUCCACUGCGUGGCAUCCGCGUACGGGCUGGAGGAGCUGGAAUGGCUCGCAAAACAACAGAUACGGCUUCAUGAAGGCUGUGUUGAUAUUUACCAAAAUCUUGCUAUUGCUAGGGAGGUUCUUCCUAUUUUCAAGGGACGGAUGGAUCUCUCGGGUGGGUACCUUGCGUAUCUGAGGGAAAAGCUGAUGUUUGCAUUCAAAAUUGACAGGAAUUUUUUUAAGAGGGAUGAAUUCUUUGAAUGCUUGGGACAGGUUCCGGAGCUCAAUAAGUUUGUGCUAAAGAGCGUGAUAGAACUACAUUCAUCUGAAAUCUCGGAGCUCAACGACAGUAUGAGGUUUGCGAAGAUUGAGCGAGUGGAGAAUGUGGAUGGUAGUGAGACUGUCCAUGAAGACAAAUGCUCUGCAAAUCGACUGGUACAAAAUAAGAUAGUGUGGACUGAGCCUGGGCUGUAUCAAGAAUUAGCGCCUGACUAUGAAGCUUCAUCGACUGGCUCUCAAACACCAAGUGAUUCUGAGGAAUCGUGGAGUGAUCUCGAAUCCCUGAGUAGUGAGAUAGAUUGUGUCGAUUAA